AUGAAAAACGGUUUGGUCGGUUCACCCUCGGAAAUGGUUGAUAAAGCUUGGCACGCACAUAUAUUAAACACGCGAAUGUAUUUCAAAUUUUCUGAAGCUAUGUUUGGCACUUAUCUUCAUCAUGUACCCUUUUGGUCUGAUAAUAUCGAAGAACAGAUGGCUUAUUCAGAUUCUGAAGUACCAAUGUAUGUCAAAUUGAAAGAAUUAGGUAUACAGGACUUGAACGAAACUGUAUGGACAUAUAUAACAAACGAACACAUAGUGGAAAGUGAGAGAAUCAAACUGCCGAUUCGUGAUGACAGCGUUACAAAAGAAAAGGUUGAUUUGUGA